CUUCAUGGGUUUAAGCCUCUUUAUGGACUCCCGGUCGCUUCACUAAAACUCAGCGUUCCCCAAAACGACACCGUGGCUGAGCCACGUUAAGUUCAGAACCCCAUUUCCCGGCCAGCGGCGGUGACGACAUGGGUGCCACCGUCGUUUUUUCGAAGCUUUCACUCCUGAAACGACUAUCUCAUCGCUUAAACCGAACCCUCUCCUUCGCGUCGGAAACUUGGCCAGCGGCGACGGAGUUCAUCGACGAUGAAUUCCCGUAUUCCGACGUGCCGAAACGUCCGCGGAGAAAUUCUGAGAGGAAGGCGUACGUGACGCCGAUGAAGGUUCUGAUCGAGAGGGCGAAGGCGGAGAGAGAAGCUCGAAAAGCGCAGCCAUGUAGGGUUUUGGAGGAACCACCAGCGAACGGGUUGUUGGUGCCGGAACUGGUAGAGGUAGCCCAUCGCGUUUAUCAAGCUCGGGGCUCGCUCCUCUUCGGACUGAGUCAACUGGUUCGAGUCAUUCCCGUUCUGCGCUGCCGGCUUUGUAAUGAGGUCCACAUUGGUUAUGUUGGUCAUGAAAUUCGAACAUGUACUGGACCAGAUAGUGUUUCCCGGCAUGCGACACAUGUCUGGACAAGGGGAGGUGUUCGAGAUGUGGUUAGCUUCCCUAAGUGCUUUCAUCUCUAUGACCGUGUUGGUAGGCCAAGAGUUGGGCAUGAUGAAAGGUCCAGCAUUCCUCGUAUACCUGCCAUUGUUGAACUCUGUAUACAAGCAGGGCUAGACCUUGAAAAAUAUCCUACUAAAAGAAGAACAAAGCCUGUAUAUUGUAUUGAAGGAAGAAUUGUAGAUUUUGAAUCAGUUGUUAAAGAGGAUGAAAAUGAAGGAAAAUAUUCUUUUGGAAAUGACAAACCUUCUGUGAAUUCAUCUACUUUGCUGAACCAACCUAUAGAGAAGGUCCAGAAUUUAUUGGAGAACAAUAUAAGCCAUCUGGAUCAGCUAAAUGAUGAAGAAAGGAACAAGUUAAGGGAUUUAAGUAAUCAUAUACUGAACUCAUGGAUUGAGAUGUCAUCAGGUACAAAGAAGAUCAUGGAGAAGUAUGCUGUGAAUACUUGUGGCUAUUGUCCUGAGAUCCAGGUUGGUCCUAAAGGACAUAAGUUGAGAAUGUGCAAGGCUUCAAAGCAUCAGUCUCGAAAUGGUUUACAUGCAUGGCAAGAGGCUACAUUAGAUGAUCUUAUAGAUCCAAAUUAUGUCUGGCAUGUGGAGGAUCUGAAUGGACCUGCUCUGAAUAACAAUCUUAAGAGAUAUUAUGGGAAGGCUCCAGCUGUGGUGGAACUCUGUGUGCAUGGUGGAGCUCCUGUUCCUGAUCAAUAUAGGAGCAUGAUGAGAUUAGACGUAGUUUCCCCUGAUCGAGAUGAAGUCGAUCUUGUGGCUUAAAAUGCCAUCCCUUUUGAAGAUAGACAUUGUGUGCUCAAGUAACCUUUGGAUUUCGUAUAAUCUUGGACUUUUGACUUUUGUGUCUCAAGCUAGUUUUCUUUUCUCCGACAAUAUAGGUUUCACAGCCUAUGCUCUAAACAUUAUAUUACCUUCAGCAAAGAAACAGGUAUCACAAUUUGAAGAAGUCCAAAAAGUAUUUUGUUAUCAUGUUUCCAAAUUGAGUUGCAUUCAGCACAAUUUGUUCAGAAUUUUUUAUUUGGACGUGGUGUUGACAUUGGAGUUGCUACUAUGAAAUGGCGUACAGCACCUAGUUCAAACUUCAAUGCGCAUUCAGCACAAAUUGUGCGGAUUUUUUUAUUUUGAGGUGGUGUUGACACUGUAGUUGCUUUUAUGAAUGGCGUACAGAACCUAGUCCAAACUUAAAUGCUUUUAGACAAAGAUUCUCUAUACCGUUAUCAAAGUAAACCUGAUCUCCAAGGGAGUGCAUCAAAGUAAACUCGAUCUCCAAGUUGUUGCAGUUCAACAUAUUAUUGGUAUAAUCUUUGGAAGUUUAGUUUACUUCAAGCAGUGGUAUGAAGGUAACAGCUGAAAUGUCUCAGAAAUUUUCGCACCAUCAUUGUUGAAUUUAAAGACGGGAGAUGGAAUUCGAAAGGAUGUUCAAUAAGACUUCUUGCAACUACAGGUAAAAUUGUAGGAUCCAAUCUAAUUCUUGACAGACCAUCAAAAAGGCUUCUCUCAGCAGUGGAGCUUCUCUAGAUCUUCAUCUGCUUUAUUUUGUAUAUUUAAAUAUAUUUUAAUUAAUUAUUUCUUCUUUUUGAUUGUAUUUAGUGAGUAUUAUUGCUCUGUGCUCUCAUUUCCUUUUUAUUAGCAGAAAUGAAGAUAAUACACAUUGAUCUC